CAACCGUUACCAAGGAGUUCGUCUCUAGGAACCCGCGAGAACCCGGGUGCCUCCUGGGGAGGGUGGGGAAGUGGUUUCGUGAGGAGAAUUUGAGUUUAAGACCUAACCAUGAGUGAUCAGAUCAAAUUCAUUGUGGACAAUCUCAAUAAGGAGCCUUUUCGGAAGAACUAUAAUUUAAUCACAUUUGAUUCCCUGGAGCCAAUGCAGCUACUACAAGUUCUCAAUGACGUUCUGGCUGAGAUUGACCCGAGGCAAGUUGUUGAUAUCAGAGAGGAGAUGCCGGAGCAAACAGCCAAACGGAUGUUGAGCCUUCUUGGUAUCCUUAAAUAUAAACCUCCAGGAAAUACUACAGACAUGAGUACCUUCCGUCAGGGCCUGGUGAUUGGAGGUAAACCUGUGAUUUACCCAGUGCUCCACUGGCUUCUGCAGAGGACUAAUGAACUAAAGAAAAGAGCGUAUUUAGCACGUUUUUUAAUCAGACUCGAGGUGCCAAGCGAGUUUCUUCAGGAUGAAAUUGUGGCUGACACCAAUAAACAGUAUGAAGAGUUAAUGGAAGCCUUUAAAACUUUGCACAAAGAAUGUGAGCAGCUCAAGACGUCUGGAUUUUCUACUGCAGAGAUAAGAAGGGAUAUCAGCGCGAUGGAGGAAGAAAAGGAUCAGCUCAUUAAAAGAGUCGAACGUUUGAAGAAAAGGGUGGAGACAGUUCAGAAUCAUCAACGGAUGCUUAAAAUAGCAAGGCAACUUCGAGUUGAGAAAGAGAGAGAAGAAUUUCUUGCACAACAGAAACUGGAACAAAAGAACCAGCUGUUCCAUGCAGUGCAGAGAUUGCAAAGGGUACAGAAUCAGCUGAAAAGCAUGCGGCAUGCUGCAGCAGAUGCCACGCCUGAAAGUUUAAUGAAGAGGCUGGAGGAGGAAAUAAACUUUAAUUCGUAUAUGGUAACUGAAAAAUUUCCUAAAGAACUAGAGAACAAGAAAAAGGAAUUGCAUUUUUUACAAAAAGUGGUUUCAGAACCAGCUAUGGGCCAUUCUGAUCUUCUUGAACUUGAAUCUAAAAUAAAUGAAGUGAAUACACAGAUCAAUCAGCUGAUUGAGAAGAAAAUGAUGAGUAAUGAACCAGUCGAGGGCAGACUGUCCCUCUACAGGCAGCAGGCUUCCAUCAUUUCCCGUAAAAAAGAAGCCAAAGCUGAGGAACUUCAGGAGGCCAAGGAGAAGUUGGCCAGCCUGGAGAGAGAGGCGUCAGUGAAAGCAGGUCAGACCCGUGAGCUUGAUGGCACCGACGUCCUGAAAGGAGAUGAGUUCAAAAGAUAUGUCAGUAAGCUUCGAAGCAAAAGUACAGUUUUCAAAAAGAAGCAUCAGAUAAUUGCUGAAUUUAAAGCCGAAUUUGGUCUCUUGCAAAGGACAGAAGAACUUCUUAAGCAACGUCAUGAAAAUAUUCAACACCAGCUGAAAGCUAUCGAGGAGAAAAAGGGCAUAUCUGGCUACACCUACACCCAGGAGGAGCUGGAAAGGGUGUCUGCGCUCAAGAGCGAGGUGGACGAACUGAAAGGACGGACCCUCGACGACAUGUCUGAGAUGGUGAAAAGACUGAACUCACUGGUGUCUGAGAAGAAGUCGGCUCUAGCCCCUGUCAUUAAAGAACUGAGGCAGUUGCGCCAGAAAUGUCAAGAACUAACCCAAGAGUGCGAUGAAAAGAAAUCCCAGUAUGAUAGCUGUGCAGCAGGCCUUGAAAGCAAUCGGUCUAAAUUAGAACAGGAAGUUAGAGGACUCCGUGAAGAAUGUCUUCAAGAAGAAAGUAGAUACCAUUACACAAACUGUAUGAUUAAGAACCUAGAAGUUCAGCUUCGCCGGGCCACUGACGAGAUGAAGGCAUACGUCUCUUCUGAUCAACAGGAAAAAAGGAAGGCAAUUAGGGAACAGUAUACCAAAAAUAUUGCUGAACAAGAAAACCUUGGAAAGAAACUCCGAGAAAAACAAAAAGCCGUACGAGAAAGUCAUGGUCCAAAUCUGAAGCAAGCCAAAAUGUGGCGUGACUUUGAAUUGCUGAUGGAAUGCAAGCUGCAGUGCUUUCUGAAGCAGCAGAGCCAGAGCGCCAUCGGCCAGGUAAUCCAGGAGGGCGGAGAGGACCGGCUGGUCCUGUGA